AUGGAAGUGAAAGUGCUUUUGGAUAUAUGUGUCGUGGGUAAAAAAUUAGUUGAAGGCGGAAGAACUGUACCAAGAUAUGGAUUCGUGUCUAUGGAAAAGGGGGCAUUUGAUUGGAUUUCUGAUAUGUUUGGGGCUAACGGUGAUGAGCUUGACGGAAAAGACAUUUUUUUCAGUUGUACCCUACCAAACGCCGCUCUCCUCAAAUUCUUCCGUGAUGUCCCGUCUCAAGAUGACAAUGGCCAGGUCCUCCCCAUCAACAGCCUCUGGAAUACCGCUAUGGCCCACCUGAACGACCCCGAGUUCACUGACCUCAGGAAUCUCCAACUGCAAGUCGGCCCUCAUUUGCAGGGGCCUCCGAAACCACCGCUGGCUAGCCCGUGA